AUGUUGCUCGACGCUCGCCCCUCCCCCGCGUCCAAAGUCCCUGUCCAAUCGGCAGCCCGGCGCCACGUUUCGCCGAUGGGCUUUCUCGAAGCUGUUGCUGCACGCGCGCUACCGUGCAGCUCUCUCGACGGCCUCACCCAGACCCCCACGACUGACCUUUUCCACCGACCGGCACACCGUCGCAAACAUGGCCUCGCACCUUUCAACCCCCGACCGCUGCUUCAGAGCCUAGUCGACAAGGAUAUCGUUGUGCGCCUGAAGUGGGGCGAGACCGAGUACAAGGGCAGACUCGUGUCUGUCGAUCUUUACAUGAACAUCCAGCUGUCCAACACGGAGGAAUUCAUUGGCGGCGUGAGCUCGGGGACGCUGGGGCAGGUGCUGAUACGGUGCAACAACGUGCUUUGGAUUGGCAAGGCUGAGGAGGUGGAGCCCAAGCAGGUCAAGGAUACGGCCAUGAGUGGAUGA